GACACAAAAACAAGACAGUCAACAAUUUUUCCUCUUAAAUUCCAACAGAAAAUGUACAAAAAGUCUUUGUAACUUGUCGAUUCCAGAAUUAAAGUACAAAACCUUCGCGCUCCUUCGACAUGAGCAGACCUGCUGGGCUCAGCGAUUCCGACGACGAAGAGUAUUUCGGCGGCGGCGGAAAAAUCCGCAUUGUCAAGGGUUUGGGUCAUCAAGCACGCCUCAACAAAGAAGAUUUUGACAUAAAUCUCACGCCUGAUGUGCAACAAUGGCUCUCGAACUUCACCCGAACCUUCAACACGUACAAAAAGGGUCCCGUUGUCUCGCAAGGCAUCCGAAUGUUCCUCGCAACACGAAAUGACCUCCAUGAGAUCGUCCUGAAACUCUAUGCGAAUCUUCCGGGAAGCUCAAAUCCGAAAUCGGGAACGCUGGCGUGCACGUUAAUUAAAGAAUUUGAGGCAUUCCUGACGUCACUUGGGGCAGCGUUCGUGGCUGAAAUAAAAAAAACGCUUACGGAUGACCUCAAAAUGGUCGCUUUCAACUUUUUUUACAGCCAAAGUCAGUUAUUUGGGAUUGUCUGUGAUUGUUACGACCUCAAGGCGUCGCGCCAACUCUUCGUCGCACGAAUUCGCGAGCUAAUUACGGAACAAAAGUACAAAGAUGCUUGUCAAAGUGCAUGUGACCUUCAAUUAUACGGCAUGGGACACUUCAGCAUUCAUGAUUUUCUCGUACCUUUGAUCCUGCAAGACAAAAUGUCGGUUGCCGAAAAGUAUUUAGCUGCUGACGGGGCGUUACAACGUGAAUUAGUCACUUUUUUGGAUACGUGGCUCGAUCAUCGACAAUCCUUGUCACACUUUACGGACAAUUAUUUGGCGAAAAACGACAUCGCCGGCAUCAAUUAUUCCAAAUUGCAGCGAAAAACGUUGAAAAAACUCGUAAAACGCUACGCCGACAUGUACAACAUCCCGAAAGAGCUGACUCCGUACUUGGGCGAAAUGGAUGCCUAUGGGAUGUUGCAAUUAAUGCUCAAUAAAAAGUAUGUGGAGCGAUCGCUGAAAGACUGGGACGAGUAUAUACGAGAAACGGUACUGCCAAACUCGGGGAGACUGAUAGACGAGCUAAUUUGCGCGUGUUGCGACUACAACGACGUACCGGAAGCGGCGAAAUGGGCCAAAUUUUUCGCCAUUGACACGCAAACGUUGCCGCAUGCGUUACAGGAAUACCUAAAAAGGGAGAAAAUGUCGCCAAAAUUAUCAAAAAUCACCGCCAAAGACGAAUCCGAGGAAGAUUUUUACGAAAAUUAUCCCUCGUACUCCAUAGAAAUGUCGAAAAUUCUCGUUGUAACGACCGUCAAACACUAUUACCGCAUGAUUGGAGAGCUGGCACGUCACGACGUCGUCGGUUUCGAUUGCGAAUGGAAGUUUGGCGAGACAGAAAUCGAUUUAAUUCAACUUGCAUCGAAGGAAAAAGUUUAUUUAAUCGACGUCAAAACCCUCAAAAAUGUUUUAUCGCCCGACGAUUGGCGCAUUUUGGGCAGAAAAAUCUUCCGGAACGAAGAAAUCCUGAAAUUAGGCUUCUCGCAAGCAAGUGACGUCGCAAUGAUACGAAAAACGCUGCCCGAUUUGUGUAUUAAUUACGAAAAAACGACUUCGUACAUCGAUUUACAAAAAUUAUGGAGAUUCCUCGCCGAGUAUCAGAGCUUCAAAUUACCCUUUGUCGAUAAUGCGCAAGGACAUGCGAAACAGGACUUGCGACAACUAACGAAUUUAUGUUUGGGUCGACCGUUGGAUAAGAAUCAGCAGUUUAGUAAUUGGGCGAAACGGCCUUUGACGAAGGAGCAAAUUCAAUAUGCAGCUGCCGAUGCGGCAUGUUUGCUUGAGAUAUUUGAUGUGAUGAAACGCGAAGCCAAUAGACUUAAGGUCGACCUGAACGAUUACGAUUUGUGCAAAAAGCUAAAGUGAGAGUAUUUUGUACUUUUUGGAGUACAUUUAACCAAAAUAUAUAACUUAGUUUCCUUACGUACUAAACACGAUUAAUUGUAAGACAAAAAAUAAAAGUAUGAAGUAAUA